AUGCACAUUGUCCCCCUUCAGCUGCUAUAUAAGCGGCUUCUCGCCGCGCCACAAGAGAACUCUCCCGCUUGUCGAAAAAAAAACACAGACGCACACGCACAAGCAGGAGUACAGGAGACAGUAGAGGUUGCUACGAUGGACGUGGGACGCAUGCAUGCCAGGAGGCUUCUGUCGCACGCCGCGGCGACGCCGGCGGUGGCGGUGGCGUCGCCCGGCCCGUCGGGGCAGACGCCGCCCUCGAGCCCCUUCGGCUCCGUGGACGCGACGGUGAUCUCGAUCCUGUCGCUGCUCCUCUGCGUCCUCGUCGUGGCGCUCGUGGUCCGCGCGUUCGUCCAGUGCGCGUGCCGCGUCACGCGGCGCGUGUGCUACGGCCCGGCGGAGGCCCCCGGCGACGCCGAGGCCGAUGGCCUGGAGAGGGCCGCGCUGCACGCCGGAGCCGGCGCCGGCGGCAAGAAGAAGCGGGCGGGCAAGGGCGCCGCCAUCCGGGCGAUCCCGACGAUGGAGUACUCGGCGGGGAUCGAGCUCGCCGUGUGCUGCUCCACCGAGUGCGCCAUCUGCCUCGCCGACCUGAAGCAGGGCGAGCGCGUCCGCGUGCUGCCGCGCUGCCACCACGGCUUCCAUGUCCGGUGCAUUGACCGAUGGCUCUCCGCGCGCCAGACGUGCCCCACCUGCAGGCAAGAGCCGUUCGCGCCGCAGGCCCGACCCGAGGAGCCGGCGGCCGUGCAGGUGCACGUGGACGCUGCACAGCUCGAGACGAUCUAG